AUGGGCUUCCUCUACUCCCAACUAUUCGUCACUCCGCAAUACCCAACCCAACCCUUCACCGGCCAGACAGUGCUCAUCACCGGCGCCAAUUCCGGCCUGGGGCUGGAAGCUGCACGUCACAUCACGCGACUAGGUGCAGCACGUGUGAUCCUCGGCGUGCGCAAUGUAGCUGCAGGUAAGGAGGCAAAAGAGGACAUCGAAAAGUCCACAAGCCGCGAAGGCAUCUGUGAAGUCUGGGAAGUCGAUCUAGCCUCGCAUUCCUCUGUCCUUGCAUUCGGCGAGCGCAUGUCAACGCUGCCCAGGCUCGACGCCGCAAUCCUAAACGCAGCCGUCGCGAAAGCAGAGUUCAGCACUGCAGAAGGUUAUGAACAAAGCAUCACCGUCAAUGUCAUCAACUCCCUGCUCCUCGGCAUCCUGCUCCUGCCAACGCUGAAGGCCACCCGUCAAAAGAACCCCUCGCAUACACCCCGCCUCAGCUUCGUCGUUAGCGAGGUGCACGCAUUUGCACGCUUCCCAGAAUGGAAGGAAAAGCAGCCAAUGAAAGUUCUGAGUGAUAAAUCCACCGCCAACAUGCGCCAACGCUAUCCGCUGUCCAAGCUGCUGGAAGUAUUACUUGUGCAGGAACUAGCGGGUCGGGUGCGGGGAUCAGAGGUGAUCAUCAAUAUGAUCAACCCAGGCCUCUGUCACUCGCAGCUAGGACGUGAGGCUGGCUGGGAGCUCAAGCUGAUGAAGUUAUUGCUUGCGCGGACUACUGAGGUCGGUUCUCGGACGCUGGUGGCCGGUGCUACGGCGGGACUUGAAAGUCAUGGCUCAUACAUGACUGACGGACACGUGGAGAAUUCAGCUUUCUCGCCUUUUGUGCGCAGUGAGGAGGGGGGCCAGGCUCGUGAGAAACUGUGGGCUGAGCUGGAGGUGAUCCUGGAGGGCGUUCGUCCGGGGGUUAUGCAGAUUGUUUGA